GUGUUUCAAGGAACUGGAACCAUGACGGACUCCAAAUACUUCACGACCAAUAAAAAAGGAGAGAUUUUUGAACUGAAGGCUGAACUCAAUAAUGAAAAGAAAGAGAAGAGGAAAGAAGCUGUAAAGAAGGUUAUUGCAGCCAUGACCGUGGGGAAGGAUGUCAGCUCCAGUUUUCCUCUCACUAAAAAUGUUGUGAACUGCAUGCAGACCGACAACUUGGAGUUGAAGAAGCUGGUCUACCUGUACCUGAUGAACUAUGCCAAAAGUCAGCCAGAUAUGGCCAUUAUGGCUGUCAACAGCUUUGUGAAGGACUGUGAAGACCCAAACCCUCUCAUCCGUGCUCUGGCCGUCCGUACAAUGGGAUGCAUCCGGGUGGACAAGAUCACGGAGUAUUUGUGUGAGCCUCUUCGCAAGUGUCUGAAGGAUGAAGACCCUUACGUACGAAAGACCGCAGCUGUCUGCGUGGCAAAGCUGCAUGACAUUAAUGCCCAGAUGGUGGAAGACCAAGGAUUUCUGGAUUCUCUGCGUGACCUGAUUGCAGACUCCAACCCCAUGGUGGUAGCGAAUGCUGUGGCUGCCUUGUCGGAAAUCAGUGAAUCGCAUCCCAACAGCAACCUGCUGGAUUUGAACCCUCAGAACAUUAACAAGCUGCUGACGGCUUUAAAUGAGUGCACGGAGUGGGGCCAGAUCUUCAUCCUGGACUGUCUGUCCAACUACAACCCCAAGGAUGAUCGUGAAGCUCAGAGUAUCUGUGAACGGGUGACCCCUCGGCUGUCUCACGCCAACUCGGCAGUGGUGCUGUCAGCGGUGAAGGUCUUGAUGAAGUUCCUGGAGCUUCUUCCCAAGGACUCUGACUAUUACAACAUGCUGCUGAAGAAACUUGCCCCUCCCCUGGUGACCCUGCUGUCUGGAGAGCCCGAAGUUCAGUAUGUUGCCCUGAGAAACAUCAACUUGAUUGUGCAGAAAAGGCCUGAAAUCCUGAAGCAGGAAAUUAAGGUAUUCUUCGUGAAGUACAACGACCCCAUCUAUGUCAAACUGGAGAAACUGGACAUCAUGAUCCGCCUAGCUUCUCAAGCAAACAUCGCCCAGGUCCUGGCAGAGCUCAAGGAAUACGCUACUGAGGUAGACGUCGACUUUGUGCGCAAGGCUGUCCGAGCAAUUGGGCGCUGUGCCAUCAAGGUUGAGCAAUCUGCGGAGCGCUGUGUGAGCACCCUGCUAGACCUCAUCCAGACCAAGGUCAACUAUGUGGUCCAGGAGGCCAUUGUUGUCAUCAGAGACAUCUUCCGCAAGUACCCCAACAAGUAUGAAAGCAUCAUUGCCACUCUGUGUGAGAACCUGGAUUCCCUGGAUGAACCAGAUGCCAGAGCUGCCAUGAUCUGGAUAGUGGGCGAAUAUGCAGAAAGAAUUGACAAUGCAGAUGAGCUGUUGGAGAGUUUUUUGGAGGGCUUCCAUGAUGAAAGUACUCAGGUGCAGCUCACCCUGCUGACUGCUAUAGUGAAGCUCUUCUUAAAAAAGCCUUCUGAGACCCAGGAGCUGGUUCAGCGGGUCCUCAGCCUGGCCACGCAGGAUUCUGACAACCCAGACCUGCGGGAUCGUGGCUACAUCUACUGGCGCCUUCUUUCCACGGAUCCAGUGACUGCCAAAGAAGUGGUCCUCUCAGAAAAGCCCCUUAUUUCUGAAGAGACCGAUCUGAUUGAACCGACUCUGCUAGAUGAGUUGAUCUGCCAUAUUGGGUCUCUGGCUUCUGUGUACCACAAACCACCCAACGCUUUUGUGGAGGGGAGCCAUGGGAUCCACCGCAAACACUUGCCAAUUCACCAUGGAAGCACUGAUGCAGGCGAUAGCCCCGUGGGCACAACGGCCACUACAAACCUGGAGCAGCCGCAAGUUAUUCCAUCGCAGGGCGACCUUCUGGGUGACCUUCUCAACCUGGACCUGGGCCCCCCAGUGAAUGUUCCCCAAGUGUCCUCCAUGCAGAUGGGUGCCGUGGACCUCCUGGGAGGAGGGCUGGACAGCCUGCUUGGCAGUGACCUUGGCGGGGGCAUUGGAGGAAGCCCGGCAGUGGGGCAGACCUACAUUCCCUCUUCCGUGCCAGCCACCUUUGCCCCUUCACCCACCCCAGCAGUGGUGAGCAGUGGACUCAAUGAUCUCUUCGAGCUCUCGUCCGGUAUAGGCAUGGCUCCUGGAGGAUAUGUGGCUCCAAAGUCUGUUUGGCUGCCUGCAGUGAAGGCUAAAGGAUUGGAGAUCUCUGGCACAUUCAGUCACAGGCAGGGCCACAUCUACAUGGAGAUGAACUUUACCAAUAAGGCUUUGCAGCACAUGACUGACUUUGCCAUUCAGUUCAACAAGAACAGCUUUGGAGUCAUCCCGAGCACUCCACUGGCCAUUCACACACCUCUGAUGCCAAACCAAAGUAUUGAUGUCUCCCUGCCCUUGAACACUCUGGGACCAGUCAUGAAAAUGGAGCCUCUGAACAACCUCCAGGUGGCUGUGAAAAACAACAUCGAUGUCUUUUACUUCAGCUGCCUAAUUCCUCUCAAUGUCCUUUUCGUAGAGGAUGGCAAAAUGGAGCGCCAGGUCUUCCUUGCAACGUGGAAGGAUAUUCCAAACGAAAAUGAGCUGCAGUUCCAAAUUAAAGACUGUCACCUGAAUGCCGACACUGUCUCCAGCAAGCUGCAGAACAACAACGUCUACACCAUUGCCAAGAGGAAUGUGGAGGGCCAGGACAUGCUCUACCAGUCUCUGAAACUCACCAACGGCAUCUGGAUCUUGGCGGAGCUUCGCAUUCAGCCGGGGAACCCAAACUACACGCUCUCCCUGAAGUGCCGAGCUCCCGAAGUGUCCCAGUACAUCUACCAGGCCUACGAUGCCAUCUUGAAAAACUAACAGGAGAUCAGCCUGUGCCUCACCCUGCAGAAGGAGGGGGGAGAAAGGGGUCCCCAAAUCCUCCUUCGCCACUGGCGCGGGGAAAAGCACUCCUAACUGGAAGCAGCUGUAUUCAUGUGUAGGAUUUCAGUCAAAGGCACUGAUUAAACAAGGUAGCAAUUAGUAUGCACGUGCUAAUGAUGAUAGGGAACAAACCCCUUUGAUAUUUUUAGCGUCCAUGGAGUUUGUAACCACUGCUUCGACUAUUCCCACGUCCCCCUCACCCCUCACUCAUUAUCCGUUCUCGUGGGCUUCUCCAUCUUGUGCCAAUGUUCAGUGUUUUCUAAAUGGCUUUAGGCGUAGUUACGAUUUUGUAAGAUACCGCUUGUUGGAAAAAAAACCCACCAAAACCCAAACAAAAACAAGCAAAGACCACACGUCGGCUCAUUAAAACAAGGCAAAAGUGUCGAAAA